GGAGGCCGGGCCCGCCGGAGAGGGAAGCGAGCGGAUCGCCGGGGCUGCUCGGCUCCUGCGCGCCCUCGCGCUCCCCGCCGCCCGCCGAGGCGCAGGCAGGGCGCAGGCGGCGGCGGGCGGCAUGGAGAGCCUGCUGGAGAACCCGGUGCGCGCCGUGCUCUACCUCAAGGAGCUCACGGCCAUCGUGCAGAACCAGCAGAGCCUCAUCCACACCCAGCGCCAGCGCAUCGAUGAGCUGGAGCGGCGGCUGGACGAGCUGAGCGCCGAGAACCGCAGCCUGUGGGAGCACCAGCAGCUGCUGCAAGCCCAGCCUCCGCCCGGGCUCGUCCCCCCGUCGCCCGCCCUGCUGCCGGCUACCCCGGCCACCGCCGCCACCGCCGCCGCCGGGGCCCAGGAACCGGUCCAGAACCACGGACAGCUCUCGCACGCCGCGCCACAGCCCGCGCCAGAGCAGCCAUCACUUCAACACCACGGACAGCUCCUGGCGCAGCCCCAGCCGGGCCCCAGCAGCAGGGCUCACGCACCCCAGUCGCUCCAUCAGCACCCAGUGGCGCCCGGGGCCGUCGCCGACAAGCAGAAGGAGCGUCCCCCGAGUUGUUGCGCUGCCGCUGGAACUCUCCUUCAGCACAAAUCCCCCGCCGCCCUCGGCAAGGGCGUCCUGAGCAGGAGACCCGAGAAUGAGACCGUGCUGCACCAGUUCUGCUGCCCAGCCGCUGACGCCGAGCAGAAGCCCGCCUGCUCCGACCUGGCCUCCCAAAGUGACGGCUCCUGCGCCCAGGCUGGUGGGGGCAUGGAGGACUCCGUGGUGGCAGCGGCGGCGGUGGCAGCCGGCAGACCCAGUGCCCCUGCCCCGAAGGCUCAAGCCCAGGAGCUGCAGGAGGAGGAGGAGCGGCCGGGGGCGGGGGGUGCCUCCCCGCGGGCUGGCCCCCACCCCAUGGCCUCCCCCGGCCCGCAGCAGCCUGCCCUGGCGACGGCGCUCUGCUCCCACACCCCUGCCGAGCUCUCCCUUGACCUAAAGAAUAAACAGAUUGAAAUGCUAGAACACAAAUACGGAGGCCACCUGGUGUCCCGGCGCGCCGCUUGCACGAUCCAAACCGCCUUCCGCCAGUACCAGCUCAGCAAGAACUUCGAGAAGAUCCGCAACUCGCUCUUGGAGAGCCGCCUGCCGCGGCGGAUCUCCCUGCGCAAGGUGCGGGCGCCCACUGCCGAGAGCCUGGCGGCCGAGAAGGCGCUCAUGGAGGGCUACGGCCUCAUGGGGCUGCCGCUGGUGCGCUCGCCCUCCCUGCCGCCCACCUUCGCGGGCACGCUCACCGAGCUGGAGGACUCCUUCACCGAGCAGGUGCAGUCCCUGGCCAAGUCCAUCGACGACGCCCUCAGCACCUGGAGCCUCAAGACCAUGUGCUCCCUGCAGGAGAGCGGCGCUUACCAGAUCCACCAGGCCCUGCACGCCGGCGCCGGGCCCCCGGGCCUGGGGGCCGAGAUGCGGGAGCCCGAGAGCACACACCCGGGGCCCGGGGAAGAGGCCGCCGAAGCCACCGGCCUGCCCCAGGGCCACAGCAGCACCCUCAUGAUGGCUUUCCGCGACGUCACCGUGCAGAUCGCCAACCAGAACAUCUCUGUCUCCUCCACUUUGUCAGUGGCCAACUGUCUGGGCUCGCAGACGGCCCAGGCCCCAGCAGAGUCCGCGGCCGGCAAAGCCGAGCCAGGCGAGGCCCGGGGACAGGAGGCCGCGGUGGCGACCGCCGCGGGCCAGGGGGACGCGCCCUCCGAGAACACGUGCGCAGAGGCCGGAGCCGGCGGGGUCCUGGGAGCCAACAGAGCUGGGGCCGCGGAGGUGGUGGUGGAGGAGGCCGCGGCCACGGAGGCUGAGGAGCAAGAGGAGGAGGAGGCAGGGGAGGUGGGGAAAGGGGCCGAGGCCGAGGCCGGCGACAACUUGGAGCAGCUGAGCAGCAGCAGCACGUCCACCAAGUCCGCCAAGUCGGGCUCGGAAGUAUCGGCCUCGGCCUCCAAGGAGGCCCUGCAGGCCAUGAUCCUGAGCCUGCCGCGCUACCACUGCGAGAGCCCGGCCAGCUGCACGUCGCCCACGCUCUCCACCGACACCCUGCGCAAGCGGCUCUACCGCAUCGGCCUCAACCUCUUCAACAUAAACCCGGACAAGGGCAUCCAGUUCCUGAUCUCUCGCGGCUUCAUCCCUGACACCCCCAUCGGAGUGGCCCACUUCCUGCUCCAGCGUAAGGGCCUCAGCCGGCAGAUGAUCGGAGAGUUCCUGGGCAACAGCAAGAAGCAGUUCAACCGCGACGUGCUGGACUGCGUGGUGGAUGAGAUGGACUUCUCCAGCAUGGAGCUGGACGAGGCCCUGCGGAAGUUCCAGGCUCACAUCCGUGUGCAGGGGGAGGCCCAGAAGGUGGAGCGGCUCAUAGAGGCCUUCAGCCAGCGCUACUGCAUGUGCAACCCUGAGGUGGUGCAGCAGUUCCACAACCCUGAUACCAUCUUCAUCCUCGCCUUCGCCGUCAUCCUCCUCAACACCGACAUGUACAGCCCCAACAUUAAGCCAGACCGGAAGAUGAUGCUGGAGGACUUCAUCCGAAACCUGCGAGGUGUGGAUGAUGGUGCCGACAUCCCCAGGGAGCUGGUGGUGGGCAUCUACGAAAGGAUACAGCAGAAGGAGCUCAAGUCCAAUGAGGACCAUGUCACAUAUGUCACCAAGGUGGAAAAGUCCAUCGUGGGCAUGAAGACAGUGCUCUCGGUGCCCCACCGCCGCCUGGUCUGCUGCAGCCGGCUCUUCGAGGUGACAGACGUGAACAAGCUGCAGAAGCAGGCCGCACACCAGAGGGAGGUCUUCCUCUUCAACGACCUGCUGGUGAUUCUCAAACUUUGCCCGAAGAAGAAGAGCUCCUCCACGUACACCUUCUGCAAGGCGGUCGGCCUGCUGGGCAUGCAGUUCCAGCUCUUUGAGAAUGAAUAUUACUCUCAUGGCAUCUCUCUGGUGACACUGCUCUCGGGCUCUGAGAAGAAGCAGGUGCUGCAUUUCUGUGCCCUGGGCUUGGACGAGAUGCAGAAGUUUGUGGAGGACCUGACGGAGUCCAUCGCCGAGGUGACGGAGCUGGAGCAGAUCCGGAUAGAGUGGGAGCUGGAGAAGCAGCAGGGAGCAAAGACGCUCUCCUUCAGGUCCGGUGGAGCCCAGGUGGACCCACAGUCGAAGCAGGGAUCGCCUACAGCCAAAAGGGAAGCUGCGCUGGGGGAGAAGCCUGCGGAGAGCACAGUGGAGGUGUCAAUUCACAACAGGCUUCAAACGUCCCAGCACAGCUCCGGGCUGGGGGCCGAGAGGGGAGCGCCGGCGCCGCUGCCAGACCUGCAGCCUAGCCCCUCGAGAGAGCAGCCCCCACCGCUGCCACUGCCGCCACCCACGCCCCCGGGGACCCUGGUGCAGUGCCAGCAAAUUGUCAAGGUCAUUGUCCUGGACAAGCCCUGCUUGGCCCGCAUGGAGCCCCUGCUGAGCCAGGCUCUCUCCUGCUAUGCCUCGUCCUCCUCCGACUCCUGCGGCUCCACACCCCUGGGCGGCCCAGGCUCCCCUGUCAAGGUCAUCCACCAGCCUCCGCUGCCCCCACCUCCACCCCCCUACAACCACCCUCACCAGUUCUGCCCACCCGGCGCCCUGCUGCACCGGCGCCGGUACUCCAGCGGCUCCAGGAGCCUUGUAUAGACUCUGCCACCACGCUGUGGUCCCGGGAGGGCUGGU